AGAGGAAUUGUGCUCCCCUUCUUCCUCCUCCCCCACCACUAAUUUCCUUUGUUGUCUGAGGGAAGACGCUCCUUUCCGUCGCCAUCGCUCUUUCUUUUCGCCAAGCGGAGGGACGGCCUUUCUCGGAAGCGCAUCCAAGGCUGAGGUGGUCGCCGUGAACUCCUCCCUCUUGCUGUAGUAAUCCUUCCACGCCGUCAAAGCCUUCAGCGAGGAAGUACUCAUUAAUGAUGAUGGACAAUGCUUAUCACAACACUCUUGAGAAUACAACAGUUGUGCAAUUAACUGCAGUUUUGUCAGCAGGUAAUGUCAUCUCUUGUAGUCUGGGAACCCACCCUCAACAUAUACAACCAGCAGAACAAAUUGGACAGGAAGAGAUGGUUUUGCAAAUACUAGGAAUCAACCAUUUAGGAUUUUAAAUGGUAAAACCAACACUUUCAGUCUGGAAACCUAUUAGAAACCAGUACAUCACCCACAAUAUAGAUGCAAUGACACGGGACAGCAUUGGUAUCAGCAAUAAGAAUAUCAUUUUGAAUGCAGGCCAGUACUCAGAAGAACAUGUUCUAAAAUGCACAUUCAGAGCAUGUGACCCACAAGAAACAGGACAGGUUUCUGUUUUCCGCAUCAUUGAAUACUUACAAGAAAUGACAGGGCAAAGCUGUGAAGACUGGAGGCUUCAAUCUCUCUACAAAAGAUUGGACCCUGAAGAACAAGGGCUUACUGUUGAUUUUUUUACCUUCUAUACUGUUAUGAAAGAUUGGAUUGCAGACUGUCAACAGGAAGGGGAAGAAGCUAUUGACUUGACAAAUAAGGACUUACAGCAUGACAACAAACUGUUAGCAGUGCAGAAUGUUAAACUACAGAGAACUAUUGAGGCUGCAGAAGAGCUCAAUUCAAGACUCUCUGAAGAGAUUUCUCAAUUGAAAGGGAAGCUGAGAGGUAACCAGCAAACACUGGAACAAGCUAAAGUCUCAGCAAAUGAAUUGGAAGAUCUGAAAAUUUUUUCAAAAAAUAUGGAGGAGGAAAAUAAUAGAUUACACACACAAGCACGGCAGUUGGAAAAAGAGCAGCAGCUUCUCUCUGUUAAGAUGGAUAACCUUCAGGAUGAGAACAAAAAAUUGCUUCUAGAAAAAGAAAGCUCAGAGGGUAAAAUCAAAGAGCUAUUUACAAAGAAAGCCAAAAUGAAGUCACAACUCUCUGAGUAUGAAAAUCAUAUCUCUUGCAAAGAGGCUGCCCUUAAUAAGGUGAGUAAGAAAAUAAAACAAAUCGAAGAGCUUACAAUAACUCUGGACGAAUAUCGAAUGAUGGUACAGGAAUUGAAACUAGAAGUUAGUAGGCUUCAAGAACACUUAUGUCAAUCCUACCAAGACUUAAAAAUGCCACCAACAAACUCUCUACAAAACAUGAAUAGUCCCAUACAGGCAUCCGCACAGUCACUCUACAAAGAGAUUGAAGAAUCACAUAGACAGGAGAUUGGUAAGGAGUGUGGCUUGCCUAGUCCUUUGUGUGGGAUGUUGAAUUCUUUGGUGAUACAUCCAGCGGGUGAAGGAAGCAUUGAUUAUUUGACAGAACAGGAACAUAGCAAGAAAGGGUCAGAUGAUACCAAAGCAUUACUUCCAGUUUUACAUAGCUUGUCUCAGUUAAACAUUUCGACUGAUAGUAAACUAAUAUUGAAGAAUCAAGAACAUAAACAAAAUCAAAAUAAUCUUCUAACAGAGAAAGGGGAAAGAUGUACAAUUCACAAUGAAGGAAGAAGCGGCAUUACCGAACCGGUAGUGAAGAUGGUGCAUUUUAACUUUCAAGAAAUCAUGGUUUUCAGCUCAGCAGAAUUAAGUUCUGAAGAAACCUUGCAGAAACACCCUUUCGUCCCAAAAGAUGGUGAGCUAAUCCCAAAUAUUUGGAAAAAAACUAAUGGCCACUCAUGUGAAAUUCUACUGCAGAGAUUUUUUGAUAUCCCGUUAGGCUAUCUAAUCCUGCACAUCCUCCAGGAACUGUUAUGCCUUGGGCUGCUGCUUUGUGUGUGUUUUUCCUUGCUAGCAGUUUUCUGUUUAAUUAUAUUCUACAACCAAUUUUCAAUGUGGAUUGAGCCAAAGGGAAAAUUUUGGCAUUUCUUGUCAUUGCAGUAUCAACAUUUACCACCUGUCUGACCAUUAUCCCAUCCCUAAAUCCAUACAAAAAAAAGGAGAUGUCUUGGAAGAUCCAACAUGUAAAUAAAUGUUCUAGAAGAAUAAAUUAAAUAGAGC